AUACAGAGGAGCUGUCAUCUCUCCUAUUCACAAACCCUCUGACUCCUUCCAUCCUACUCCCACUCUACAUGCCUUUCUCAUCUCUGGCUCUGCUCUAUCAGAUGUGAUUUGAUCUUUUAUCAGAACCUUGCACCCACAAGCACCUUCUUACUACCUAAGCACUGGGAAUGGAGAUGGGAUUUUCUAAGGCACUGUCAAACUCCUUUCUCUGCCACAUUGCCUUUCUUAUGUAAUUGCUGGCAAGGGAAAGAACAUACAGGAGAGGACUUUACAGGACCACUGAAAAGUCUCCCCACCAGCAAACUUCUGCACUAAGGUCUAACAAGUAAAGAAAAAAUGAGCAACAUUUAUGAAUCAGCAGCCAACACGCUUGGGAUUUUUAGCAGUCCAUGUCUUACAAAGGUGGAACUGAGAGUUUCCUGCAAGGGUAUAUCUGACAGAGAUGCACUCUCUAAACCUGAUCCUUGUGUCAUCCUGAAAAUGCAGUCUCAUGGCCAGUGGUUUGAGGUUGACAGAACAGAAAUCAUCAGAACCUGCAUCAACCCAAUCUUUUCAAAAAUUUUCACAGUGGAUUUUUAUUUUGAAGAAGUUCAGCGUCUGCGCUUUGAAGUACAUGAUAUCAGCAGCAAUCACAAUGGCCUGAAAGAUGCGGAUUUCUUGGGUGCUAUGGAGUGCACCUUGGGGCAGAUUGUGUCACAAAGAAAAUUGGCAAAAUCCUUAUUAAAACAUGGCAAUACAGCUGGGAAAUCAUCGAUAACGGUCAUUGCUGAAGAACUGUCUGGAAAUGAUGACUAUGUGGAGCUUUCUUUUAGUGCUCGGAAAUUAGAUGACAAGGAUUUUUUCAGCAAAUCUGACCCUUUUUUGGAAGCUUUUCGAAUGAAUGAUGAUGGCACUCAGCAGCUUGUUCACAGGACUGAGGUAAUUAUGAAUAACUUGAAUCCUGCUUGGAAAACUUUCAAAGUUUCACUGAAUUCCUUGUGCAGUGGUGAUCAUGACCGCAGGCUAAAGUGUAUAGUUUGGGACUGGGACUCAAAUGGAAAACAUGACUUCAUUGGAGAGUUUACUUCUACUUUCAAGGAAAUGAGAGGCGCAAUGGAAGGGAGACAGGUGCAGUGGGAAUGCAUAAAUCCUAAAUACAAAAUGAAGAAAAAAAACUACAAGAAUUCAGGCAUUGUAAUUCUUAAUCAGUGCAAGAUCCACAAGAUGCAUUCAUUUUUAGACUACAUCAUGGGCGGCUGUCAGAUACAGUUUACAGUAGCUAUUGAUUUCACUGCAUCCAACGGUGAUCCUCGAAACAGCUGCUCUCUGCACUACAUCCAUCCCUACCAGCCCAAUGAGUACUUAAAAGCCCUUGUUGCUGUGGGAGAAAUAUGCCAAGACUAUGACAGCGAUAAAAUGUUUCCAGUCUAUGGUUUUGGUGCCCGAAUACCUCCGGAUUUCAAGGUUUCCCAUGAUUUUGCCAUCAAUUUUAAUGAGGACAACCCAGAAUGUGCAGGAAUACAAGGAGUAGUAGAAGCCUACCAAAACUGCCUCCCAAAGUUACAGCUCUAUGGACCAACAAAUAUUGCGCCUAUAAUUCAGAAAGUGGCAAAGGCUGCAUCGGAGGAGACAAAUACUAUGGAAGCUACGCAAUACUUUAUCCUGUUGAUCCUCACCGAUGGCGUUAUCACUGACAUGGCUGACACUAGAGAAGCCAUAGUUCAUGCCUCUCAUCUCCCCAUGUCAGUCAUCAUUGUAGGAGUUGGUAAUGCAGAUUUCAGUGAUAUGCAGAUGCUUGAUGGUGAUGAUGGAAUAUUGAGGUCGCCUAAAGGAGAGCCUGUUUUGAGAGACAUUGUUCAGUUUGUGCCAUUUAGGAACUUCAAGCAUGCAUCCCCAGCUGCACUUGCAAAAAGUGUUCUGGCCGAAGUUCCAAACCAAGUUGUGGACUAUUACAAUGGCAAGGGAAUAAAACCAAAAUGUAUGUCAGACUACGAGUCUUCCAGGACACUAGGACCUUGAAUUACUCUGCACAAGUUUACAAUGACCCAAAACAAUAAUCAUCAUGAUAAUUAUAUAUAGCACGUUCUGGUGGUUUUUAACUUGAUUAUACUAUAUUUUUCUUGCAUGUAUAGAUGGAAGCUUGGAUCUGGGUAGCAGUUGUAUUGUUCAAGACUUUUUAUGAAAGAAAAAAAAAUCACAGCAUGUUGGCUUGGGGAAAAAAAGGUUAACAGUGUGUGUUUUUUAUACUGCUUUGUUGAAUUUUUGCAAAAUUUCUUAUCAUAUUUAAACUGUAAAGCCUUUUGAAAAAAAAAAUGCUGAUAUGUCAGAGCCAACUAUUUGAUUUCAUCUGCUGGGGAGGACAAAAAGAUUUUUUGAAAUUUGGCAGGUGCAUGGAAUAUAUUUUGCACGUUCGAAAGACCUUUCCAAUUUUAUAGUCUGUCUUCAUUUUUGAUCUAUUCUUGUAAGUGGCCCGUAAGUAGGCCUACAGAUGGCAGUUUAGCACAUGUUUAAUACAGUGCAUUCAGUCCCUAAAUAUUGUCUGUUGUAUCAGUCACUGAACAUAAAAUGUUUUUAUCCUCUGCCAGUUCACACUUCCUAGUUGGGGUAAUGUAGGUUUACUAGCUGCUAAAUACACUAUUGGCAACAUUUAUAAUGUGUGUAUAUGUACAUAUAAAAAAAGAAAGGAAAAGUUGACUACAUUUUAGCAACAGCAGCUUUUCCAUGGGCCUAUUUUUUUCUCCUCAACAAAAUCUUGGGAAAUAAAAAUAAUGAUGGCAUAUGGAGAAUAUUUGUUCAUAAAAAAGCUUAGCUUAGUGAUUCUUAUAUUCUCAGAACCUUUAGGUUUCCUAAAUAGUUUUAGAGGUAAAUUCAUUACUACUCAUACAUAUUUUUUAAUGUAUAAAGUCUAAUAUAAAUUCUUUAUUCUACAAAUAUGAUUGUGCAAAGUCAAGAGAGAGACUCAUGCUAAACUAUUUUGAUACACAGUUACCUACCAAGCAGACACAUUUUCUAGGUUUUAGACCAGAUGACAUAUUUUGCAAAAAGGAUAGCUUAUAUGCAGUCAGAAGUUUAUUUUGGCUGGUUUAUAGGCCAGAACACAUAGAACUACCUACCCAAUUACAAAAUAGAGGUAUCCCAAGUACGUUUGGCCUCUUAGAGUAAGCAAUAACCAUAUUUACCCUAGAAACAGGUACUUUAAUGGAAUCUAUAUUGAUUUCUUGUGGUUUAGUUGCCGUACUGUCAAGAUAUGAUAUAUUAUUUGAUAAGUAUAUAAGUAUAGUAUAAGUACAUACAUUCCCAUAAAAAUUCUGUACCACCAUCUCUACUGUAUUUCUAGGUUAAGCAAACAUAGAAUUUAGAUAUACAGGUUACCCUGAAAGAACUAUCAUACUAAAACUGCAGGAUUCAGAUAUAUCAUUGAGAGAAUGCAGGAGGUUGGUGCAAAGGUGCGAAGUGUCCAUAAGCCUGAACCACUGAUUGAUCUUCAAGUGGUCUUGUAAAUAUAUCUGGGAUUUGAAAGAAUGCAUUUGUUUUCUUGUAGUACAUUGAUUUAUAAUUCCAGGCUUUUAGCCAUCAUUAACAAAAGUAACCUCAGCUAAUGCCCUAUGCCAGAAGUAAUUAAGUCACUUCUCAAAACCCCACACUAAGCAAGAACAUAUGCUAAUGUUUCUGCAGUACAAAGUCCUGUUACUAGGAGGUAGUGGUUGUUCUGGGAAAUUACUUUGGUAACUUUUAUGCCUUAGAGUACUGUUUACAGGCUACCUUCCAGUCAAAAUUAAAAAAUAACUAUGGAAUGAUGAGAAUAUAUGAGAGAUUAUUUAUGAAUGGAAUGAUGUACAGAAUGUUGUGGUUCCUGCACCAAUAAGAACACAAAUUAGUUGCAGCACGUUUUUUUUUAGUGUAGACGACAGCAUCAAUAAUGGCAUUUACAUAUGAUUAACUGAGGGAGAGUUACUAGCUAUAGACUGUCAUCCCAGUGUUACCUUGAUUCCACGCACACAACAUGCAACUGUGCACAAUUCAUCAAACAGGUUGAAUAGGUGCACUACCCCCCCCCCCCAUUGGGACACUAGGCACAGUGUUCCAGCUCUCACUCCUUAUGUGCAUGCAUGUGACAUCACACACAUGCGCAUAACAAACAGGUAAGAAGACUAGGUUAUUCUAAAUAUAUACUCCUACCUAGAUGGCAUUAGUAGGUAAUAAUACUUUCUUGCAAGCAUGGAAACUUUUUCUCCCAAGUGCCUUGUGCUAUUAUCCAUAUUUUUUAAUUUAAUGGUUUCACAGUCUGCAACCAUGACUAUAACACAAAAAUACCACUACUGGUUGCUACUAAGCAUACUGUCAGGCAAGACUAAAUCAGCAUGUACUCAAAGAUCCAUGUAGGGGUACCAUAGUAGUGCUGCUCUGGACUCUUGCAUUUCAAGGCUCACACCCAAAAGCAGCAACUUGUCCAAUCGCUACGGUAUUAACUAUGUACUGGCCUCCUGAACUGCAUCACCUUUUUAGCAUAUAUCAUGAAAAACAGCAUGCAAGUAGCAAGCAGGAUGAAAUGCGCAUAUUAGCAUCAAUAUAUGUUGUGGUUGUAGUAACUUGCUUUCCCACCACUUAGUAGUGUCACCACCCUCUAGCUAGGCCUGGGAGUCCCCCUUCUGAACAGAGAGGAUGACAUAGAAGCCCCUAUUAGUGGGAAAGAAGGCCCCAGGGAAUAUAAGUAAGUGAAGUAGCCAGGCUUAAUUUGGCACCACAGACCUUAUUUAUUUUGUGGAAUAUCAGGGUGCUGUCAGGACACCAACAUACAUGCAAAAGUUGCAAGCAAGGAUCCAGGUUGCAGGAGGCAAGUUAGAGACCUUUUAUGCUCUGUCAAUGAUCAAUGGUCAGGCCUAAUUUAGGAUAGAAAAACGUAGUCCCUCUAGUGGUGGCCCUAAGCAACAAAUCAUCAGGCUGAUGGAUCACUUAGGCCUAGACCGUAUACUUGUCAUCCUGUGACUGGCGUAUUAAACUGAGGCACUGUGAGCAAUCUUUGGCAAGAUUGUAAAGUGAAGUUAGUGAAGGCUAUGUUCUAAUACUGUAUAUAAAGGUACAAACAGAUACUCACACACAUGCAUAGUUAUACGUGUCAAAAUUGAAAGUAAGCACAUGAGAUGCGCCCUUUAUAUUACUUUAGUUUCUUUUGUAUAGUAGUAUAGUAGUUUGCCUGUCUCGGAGAAGUAAUAGGAUGAUGGCUAGAAUCAGGCUGUAAGGAUAAGUUAAUAACCUUUUGGAUAAAAGGUUUUUGAAAAAUAACCUCUUCCUAUUUUGAAUAAAAUCCUCUUUCUAACUGGAAUAAAAGACAUGAUAAUAAAUGUAUUAUCUAUUUUAACUUGCAGAAAUUCACAUAAUACAUAUAACUGGCUCCCUAGAUUCAGUUCCUGGCCCUAAUGCAAGUCUGCAUUUUUUAAACCACAAGAAAAUUAAAAAAAAAAAAA